AAAUAAAACAUUGUUUUAUGUAGAGUUUCAUAAAUAAUUGUGUGUGCCCAGUGUUGCUCUGUAAUCGUUUUUCCCGUGUCUGUAAGUACUGACAUGUUGUCAAUGUACCGGUAUGUCAGUCGUCCAAUCAAAUACGCUCUAUGCAGCCAAUCGACGUGGCAGAGGGGCGGGCCUUAUGGUACCGGUCACAGCAAUAUCUCAGCCAGGUGCGACGGAUCAUUUUGCACAACAUUGACUCAGACAGGUGAGAGAGAUGAAACAUGCCGGGACUCGGGCAAAAUGUGACUGCAGGAAGCCGAAGAGUCAGCUGUCAUGUCACAAAGCCACCUGCAUCGGCUCCUCGGCCCGGAGCUGAGACCCCCCUGUCAGAGGAGCGCGUGUGAAACGGGACCCCGCCGGCCUCCAUGGCUCACUCGUCGGACCCGUCCCGCAGGGAGAAGACCCCCGGGACCAAAGGGUCACACACGGCCACGCGCAACCUCUUACGGAAGAAGGAGCAGCGCCGGCGUGGAAUCCGAUCCUGCUCGCCCAUGGGCCGGGUCAUCCUCAUCAACUCCCCCGUGGAUGGCGGCGACGACUGCGAGGACCUCCACACGAUCACGGUGGAUAAGAGCGUGGACGGCAAGCUGGGCUUCAGCGUGCGCGGCGGCUCCGAGCACGGCCUCAGCAUCUUCGUCAGCAAGGUGGAGGACAACAGCACAGCAGAGGACGCCGGCCUGCUCGUAGGGGAUAAACUGGUGGAGGUGAACGGCGUCAGCCUGGAGAACAUCACCAUGAGCAGCGCCGUGAAGGUCCUGACGGGCAACAACAGGCUGAGGAUGGUGGUGAGGCGAGUGGGCAAAGUCCCCGGCAUCCGCUACUCCAAGGAGAAGACUACCUGGGUGGAUUUGAUACACAGGCGCAUGGUGGUAGAGGAGAGCGGGCAGACGCCUUCGGACGCCAGCUCGGGAAGCGCACUCCAGAGGAUCGUCCACCUCUCGACCACCUCCGACGACUACUGCCUGGGCUUCAACAUCCGGGGGGGGAAGGAGUUUGGUCUGGGCAUCUAUGUCUCCAAACUGGAUCCCGGCGGUGUGGCUGAGCACAACGGCAUAAAGAUGGGGGACCAGAUCCUGGCGGCCAACGGCGUGAGCUUCGAGGACAUCAGUCACAGUAGCGCCGUGGAGGUGCUGAAGAGCCACACACACGUCAUGCUGACCAUCAAGGAAGCGGGACGAUACCCUGCUUACAAAGAGAUGGUGGCGGAAUACAGGUGGCUCAAUAAGCUCGCCAACGGUACUCAGAAGUCUUCCUCCCAGGGGUCAGAGUCCACCUCCUCCGCCUCCUCUCUGUCGUCCGGGACCCCGGUCAGCUCUCUGAGCGGCCUGUCGCAGGUCAUGUUCCCUCCCAGCACGCCGUUCGGGUCAGACAUGGUGGAUGUCUGCAUCUCUACCGAGGACCAGAGGUCGGAGUCGGCGAGAACAGAGACCGCCAUGCAGACGGACCUUCCCCCUCAGCGGGCCGCCGCAGAGACCACUCGCAGCCUGGGCCGGACCACUCUGCUCCGGGACACGGUGAUUGGCGGGCAGGAGGGCGAGGCCAACGGGAGGCGGGAGUCCGCCAAGACAGCCGUGCUGCUGGCCCUCAGCCGGCCGAGCCGACCCAUCAGCAGGUCCCAGAGCCAGGUGACCGUGGCUGAGAUCAAGCAGCAGCAGCAGAAGAAGGAGAAGAAGCAGAAAGGGAAGCGACCGGAGGAGGAGAAGAAGAGCACCCUGCAGCGCUCCAAGACCUUCGUCCACUUGCUGUUGAGGGGCAGGGGCCGCUCCAAGUCCCCGUCCACGCACCAGGCCGGCAAAGGGGGACAACAGGCCGGUGCAAAGCCAAAUUCGGAGAUGCUUGGCGUGGUGGAGGACAUGGCCCGCCGGCUGCUGGCUGAGGAGGAGGUGGCUGCUGUGAUGAAGACGUGCCGAAGGUAUGUGGCAGAGCAGUCAGUGGAGAACCUGGUACGCCACCUGCUGGCCGUGCUGGACAGACCCGAGAAGCUGCUGCUGCUGAGGGAAGUCCGGAUGCUGCUUCCUCCUCCUGAUCUCAACGCAUUCAACAACGUGGUGACCCCCGUGGAAGUCGAGGCCUACGAAAUCCUCAAGUAUCGUUCAAUCCAAACUCCGCCUCUACGCUCCCCCAUACCCGGUCGAGCACCAAAGCGGCGCCUCAUCACUCCGAUCCCGGACUUCAGGGGAGGCUUCGAGCUGCACAAUGCUGAGGAGGUGGAGAAGGAGAGCAACCUGCUGGAGGAGCUGGAGAAGCUCAGCGUGUCCGGGCCCCGGGGGUCCAGGGAGAGGCCCCGCCCCUCCAGGUUCUUCGCCCCGCUGCUGGACGUGCCGGUGGACGGGUACGGCGCAGAGCCCGGGGACCCGCGACCGCCUCCCGCCGGCGCCGCGCUCCCCAACUGGCUGCUGGCCGCCCACGGCCGGGACUCCCGCCCUCCCCCCCGGAGAGACGUCGGCACCAUCCGCUCGGU